AUGGCAGACCCAUACAUCGACCGGGCUUCGUCAUUUGAUCCCUACCUCACCUACGAAACGAUCGUGGCGAUCGAGCCGAUUCAUGACCAGGACAGAAUGGAAGGAACAAGGCAUGCAGCAAUUGGAUUUGAGACCUUUGACGGCAAGAUUCGAGACUAUCGUGGUUCUGUGUUCUUCGAUCGAUUCAAAGGCACUUCCAGCUACCGUUUCUUUAUUCGCGGAUUCCAAGUCGAAAGGAAGGAAGAUGGCUCUCUGCCAGAUGAUGAUGGUGAGGUGGGCAAUCCCAUCGAAUCGAUGGAGCUUCGUUUGACAGCUCGGUACGAAUGGUGUACCAAGUUUAAAAAGAUCCGAGGAACAGCAUCCAGUGGCCGUAUCAUCCGAUUGUUGUUUCUUCGUCCGGAAGAGGAACAAACUGCUGAUAGCAUCAGGCAGAUUGAUGUCAUCGUUCCGAGGACAGCAUCCCAUGACAAAGGCAAGCUGCUUGAACUGGCUGUGGAGCAAGCUGCAGCUAUUGUCGAUGCUGGCAUUGCUGAACGCAAAUUCAAGGAAGAGGCAGAAAGACAGGCAGCUGCAUUGAAUAGGUCUGCUCACGGCAACAACAAUAACUAG